UAUAUACUUUGCUAGACUGCGCACUCUAGAGGUAUAGCAAACCCGGAAGACAUUCUCAGGUAAGUGGGGGAUCUCCUGUGUAAAGACUCUUUGGCCGGAGCCUCUCCGCCCCAGUGUUUCUGUGUUCACGGCGGCUGUGGUUAUCAGGUCCAGAGAGUUCUGGCUUUUCUAUGAGGUCCGAGUUAUUUAAGAGUAUCAAUGGCGGAAGUCAAUAGUGUGUCCACUGAUGGAACAGAGGCCAACCGGCACACUGACAUCGGGAACCCCACCAGUGCUGUCCAGGCAGGACCCGAGCUCAACGGCCAGCCUCCCUCUGCUCGGCCUCCUCAGGUGGUCACCGACAGCGAGGAAGAGGAGGACGAGGAACUGACCUUGAAAUAUGGAGCCAAACACGUUAUCAUGCUCUUCGUCCCGGUCACCCUGUGCAUGGUUGUGGUCGUGGCAACUAUCAAGUCUGUCAGCUUUUACACACAAAAGGACGGACAGCAGCUGAUCUACACUCCUUUCCGCGAGGACACGGAAACAGUAGGUCAGAGAGCUCUCAACUCCAUCCUCAACGCCACCAUCAUGAUCAGUGUGAUAGUGGUGAUGACACUGGUACUGGUUCUGCUCUACAAGUACCGCUGCUACAAGGUUAUUCACGCCUGGCUGUUCUUCUCCUCCCUGCUCCUGCUCUUCUUUUUCUCCUUCAUUUAUCUCGGGGAGGUGUUCAAAACUUACAAUGUGGCCAUGGACUACUUCACACUGGCAGUGAUUAUCUGGAACUUCGGGGUGGUGGGAAUGAUCUGCAUCCAUUGGAAGGGGCCGCUUCGCCUGCAGCAAGCCUACCUCAUCAUGAUCAGCGCCCUCAUGGCCCUGGUUUUCAUCAAGUACCUGCCAGAGUGGACAGCCUGGCUCAUCCUGGCUGUGAUCUCUGUCUAUGACCUGCUCGCUGUACUGUGCCCUAAAGGACCUCUUCGCAUUUUAGUUGAAACAGCUCAAGAGAGAAAUGAGCCGAUGUUUCCAGGCCUUAUCUACUCAUCGACCAUGGUGUGGCUGGUUGGUAUGGCAGACAAUGGGGAGACCAGGAAUAACUCUUCCUCCUCCUCCUCACCUCCCCCUCAGCAAGAGAGCCAUGGUCUCUUGAUGUAUCCUGUAGUUACCAUGGCACCGACAGCCCAGCCAGAGGAUGAUGGGGGUUUCACAAACGAAUGGGUGGGCCAGCAGGAGCAGCGCCUGGGCCCGAUACAGUCCACAGAUGAGAGCAGGCGUGAGAUCCAGCAGAUGGCCUCUGCACGUCCACCUCCUCCAGAUGAUGAUGAAGAGAGGGGUGUGAAGCUGGGUCUAGGAGACUUCAUCUUCUACAGUAUGCUGGUUGGAAAAGCCUCAGCCACAGCCAGCGGGGACUGGAACACAACGCUAGCCUGCUUUGUGGCUAUUCUUAUUGGUUUGUGUCUAACCCUCCUUCUCCUGGCCAUUUUUAAGAAAGCCCUGCCAGCUCUGCCCAUCUCCAUUACCUUCGGUCUCGUCUUCUACUUUGCCACAGAUAAUCUUGUGCGCCCAUUUAUGGACCAGUUAGCAAAUCACCAGUUCUACAUAUAGCAGAAGACCAUGUUCUUCAACCCACACUCUACGCUCUGGCUUCUACCACUGAGGAUCCGUCCCUCAGGAGGAAAAGGCGGAGGGGGAAACGUUGGCACUCCUCUGGUUUCUCUGAGCUGGGUGCGUGACUGGACUUUUUUUCUGUUUGGAGUGGAGGCCUCCAGCUAUUCAUUCCUUACCUCCAAAUUUGAUUUUCUUUCUUUGUUUUUUUUUCUUUUUAUUCAUCAAAUGAUUUCUGUAAUUGGAGUUCUCCUCCAAUUGUGUUAAGUUAGUAAUUGUUUGGGGUGAAAGCGGUGAAAAGUGGAGGAUUCGAACAAGGCAACACAACGGUUCAUCACCAAAAAUCCAUUUACAUUUACUUUAAGUCCUUUAACUUUUAUCAACAAACUGUUUUAUAACUGGACGAGGAACCUGCAUUACUUAUUUCUGAGUGAGCUGAACUCUCUCUCUGCUGCACUGAAAGGAUCCAAGACUGAUCUUGUGCUUUAAAGCUAAAUACAGAUGCAAGGCAUUAUGAACAUUUCCAGUUAAAUAUACAGUAUAAUGCAUUAAAUCAGUGAUCUAUGACUUGUAAGUGACUUUGAUUAACACGGUGGUAUUUGUGUUUUUGGAGAGCGUUUUUUUUUUUUUUAUCCCCUUUUUCCUCUGUAGAGUGCCUAUGAAUAUGGUUUUGGAGUGUUAUAUUGGAAAAAAUGACAGACCAUCCAUGUUUGUAUGUAAAGUCUCUGCAUACUGACUUAUCGCUGCAGUUUGCAAUAGAAUUAAAAGGAAGAUGGUGGACGCUACUGUUUUGCUCUCAAAGAACGCCUGGGCUCGUCAUUUUUUGGAAUGUGUCGUUCAUAAAUUGCUCCAGAUUUCGACAACAUUUCACCAAAGUUUGUGCGGGAGAUAAAGUUUCAUGCUGUGACACUUUUGUUUCUGUUUAUUAGCUGUGUACUCUGUCAUUUGUCUGUUCCUUUUGUAGCUAAUACCUCUCGAGGUUCGUUCAUUUCAACGUCUUUUCUUUUUUUCUACGAAAAAGCGGAAGUGUCUCGAUUGUUUUUGUAAUUGGUUUGUAACCAACUCGGAUGAUUCUUGAAUAAAGGGGAAGCUCGUUUGAGCAACCUUCUUGGG